CCGGAUCGCCAUCCCUUUCGCGACGGUUGAAAGAACGUAGAGCGAGCAGUGCUCGCAGUGCCGACGUGCAGACUCUGACAAGCCCGCAACACGAAGAGACGCAGGUGUCUGGGUCUUUAUGGGAUGAUGGAAAGACCCUUGUUAUCGCCAUACCCAUGCCAGAGCCUCAGAUUGCUGAGGAAACGCUACAACAGCCCUUCGUUGAGCCUUUUGAACCGACAAAAGUCGAUGAGCCCCAGCAGGAAGUUAGCCGAAGACCGGGUCUCUUGCGGAAAGUCUGGAGAGCUUACAUUAGAGCUCUGGACGAGAGGCCCAUCAUGGUCAAAAGCGCAACAUCUUUCUUUGGAUUCCUGACAGGGGACUUGCUAGCGCAGGGACUUGCCGGCCGCGGAUUUGAUGUCUUCCGCUGCUUGAGACUGCUCGCGUUUGGUGUGACCAUGGAUGGCCCUGUGGGUCAUGUGUGGUACAACUUUUUGGACAAGAACAUUAUGCCAAAGGAGCCCACCUCAAACAAGGCGGUGGUCCUGAAGAUGCUGGCAGACCAGUUGCUCUGGGCGCCAUUCUUUUCUUGCAUCUUCUUUGCCUUCACAAACACACUAGCGGGGCAUCCGGAGGCGACUAUCCCUGCCAUUCAGAACAAGCUGAUCCCGAUGAUGCUGGCAAACUUUGCUGUCUGGCCCAUCGCGCACCUGAUCAACUUCAAGUUCAUCCCCUCGCAGCAGCGCAUCCUGUAUAUUAACUGCAUCCAGGUAGCAUGGAGCGCAUAUCUUUCCAACCUUUCAGCGGCGCGAGUCCGCACCAGCACUUGA